UGGACCCCCUGGCUGUCCUUCAGCUGCUGCGAUGAGAUACGCUCCAGAAUUCAAGAAGUCCCCCUCGCACGUCCUGAAGACGUUUGCCGUGUGCGACACCCCUCUGUACGACAUAUGUGACUACAACGUCACCGGAGGUCGGUGCAAGGAACUCGGGUGCUGCUUUUAUAAAGGCAUCUGCUAUGAGAAGGCCGUUCCCGAGUCGUCCAAGAGAGUAGGAGAGAAAAGGAAGUCCCUACAGAGGUACCUUUGUCCUCCAAGUCCAGCGCUAAAGUGGAAAUGGUGCCCUCGGGCGGGCGGCCGGCAGGGUCGAAGGCCCCGAGCACAGAGCCGUCGCGCAAGAGCCCGGAGAGCGGUAGCGAGGGCGGUAAGGCGGCGGGAAUGGGCAGCUCUACUUCCUCUGCGGUCUUCUCCGCACUGGCCGUACCAGAAGACGAAGAAACUGAGGACUGAGGUGCGUGCUGGGGACCCAGUGAAGUUGGGGGGAGCCUCUGGAAGAGAUGGGGCGGCGGGGCAACGGCUGUUGAAAUAUGUGAUGCAAUGGCCACCCGAUGAGAAAGAAAAAAAGUAUCUUGGAAGCGUCGUGUUCCGUGUUGUGUACCCAAGGCCAGAGUUUCACCUUCGGAGGGAGGAAGGCGUCGGAGCUGAGACCACGCGCCAGGAGCUUUCAUUUCUGACGCUCGGCUUGGUACCGACCCCGGGACCGGCAGCUUGCAGUGCUGACUCAGCACCGAGGCCCCCUUUGCAGGGCACAGGCUACAGGCUCACCGGGCGGGUUGUCCCUCAGACCCACAGGGAGGGCAGGCCUUGCCCAGCAGAAGCAGCACCACCCUCCCCAGGGUCCCCCUCCCGUGACAGGACGCACAUGGGUUCAGCGAGACGGACACGUGCGAAGUGUGGGUGACGCCAGCCCAGGGAGACCCCGUGGUCUUGGAGAAUCCCUGCUUUUACGUUGGCAACUUGCAUUCUCCAGAGCUGCACAAAGGGAUUAUUUGGAUAAGAAAUCAGCACAAAAAAG